AUGAAACGGCGCACCAAUGAGCUCGCACGAGAUCUACAUCGCCAACGAAUUGAGCAGGCAACAGAGUCAAUAGAUGGAUUCUGGAGAAUUGCCCGUUGGGUCCGCAAUAGGGGCAAACCACGUGCCACGUUUACCCCAACGUUACACUACAAUAACACGAGUUACACAGCCCCAAAGGAGAAAGCAGCCCUAUUCCGAGAGGUCCUCCACCCAGAGCCCCCGGAGGCAGAUCUGUCAGAUAUUGGGCCACAAUAUAGAUAUCCCAAACCGUAUACGAUGCCACCAAUCACGUUAGACGAACCCAACAAAGCACCAGGGCCAGAUGGAAUCCCCAAUCUGGUCCUACAAAGGCUGCUCCCUACUAUCGAGGCCUAUCUUGUUAAUCUCUUUAAUACAUGUCUACGUCAACAAUACUGCCCUGACCAUUUCCGAAAGUCGACAAUAGUCAUCCUUCGCAAGCCUGGAAAGCCUGAUUACUCUGAUCUAAAGGCGUAUUGCCCAAUAGCGUUACUGAGCACGAUUGGCAAAGCACUAGAAUCAGUGUUAGCCAGACGUCUCAGCUAUCUAGUGGAGCAAUAUAAUCUUUUACUAAAGCAACAUAUUGGAGGACGUCGCGGCCGCUCAUGCGAACUAGCAAUCCAUCUCUUACUAGAAGAGACCCAUAGUGCGUGGAGAGAGGGCUCACGAGUAGCCUCAGGGCUUGCACUUGACGCGGCAGGGGCUUUUGACAACGUCAAUUAUAUAAGGCUGAUACACGACCUACGAAAGCGCCAGGUGCUAGAUGACCUGAUUGGCUGGAUUGAGAGCUUUCUAAGUAAUUGCCGCACGUCAAUCACACUCCUAGAGGGCAAUAUGGGGGAAUUUCUAGUUAAUACAGGCAUUCCGCAGGGCUCCCCAUUGUCACUAAUCCUAUUCCUAUUCUUUAAUGCAGAUCUUAUUAAGCAGAUACUCGCCGAGUGCCCGGACCGGAAGCACCAAAUGGUGCCUAAGCCGAGUGGUAGGCUGGAUAUACCUCUCAUAAUUAAGGGAGUAGAAAUUAAGCCUACGGACUCAAUCAAAUAUCUAGGAGUUUAUCUGGAUACCCACCUCACUGGGGAAGUGCACGUACAGGAGAUGAGAAAGAAGGCUGCAAAACUGGUAGUGGGAUUAAGCUCAAUUGCAGGAUCGACAUGGGGAACGCCCCUGGUUCAUCUAAGGAAGAUAUAUACAGCUGUCCUCCAACCACAGAUCAUGUACGCGUGCUCCACGUGGUAUAUACGAGGUGGAAGAGGGUUCACCGGUGCGCAGCGAGCUGCAGAGCAAGCCAUCCGAUUGAUCCAGGAUCAGGCUCUUCACCAGAUAUCCGGCGCGUUCAAACGUAUGUUACGACAGGCCCUAGAGGUCUGUCUCCAUGUACCACCUGCAGAGCUCACGCUCGCAAAGCUGGCUGAGGAGGCCUGCCUGCGGAUCAUGACCUCACCACUUCGAUCUACGCUUUACUAA